GUCUGUCUGGCUGUUGGUCGGUUGGUCGGUCGGUCGGGCUGUCGGUCGGUCGAUCUACACGCUUUCCUGCCGGACUGCUUGUCUGGCCGCCAGCGUUCCUUUCACUCGACUUCAACUAUACUAGCACCUACGGUGGCUACGCUAUUCUGUCGCUGGUAGCAACGUAACGUUAGGACCUCUAGUGAGAGCAGUGCUUGAAUUAAGUAAGCGAAAUCACCGUUAUCAACAAUUCAUCAAAAAACAGCAACAAAUCAUCUCCUCAAAUUUUCGCUGCGGUUGGCUGAGGUGACGUCGCCUUGUAGAUCCGUGACACUGCAAGACUUACAAGUGCUAGCUUCUAAUGGAACUGCUUCCAAAGCACUUAACGAUCUAAACGGCCGCUUUCACCCACUCAGCGGCCGAGUGCUCGGUGUCGGUCGCGGUCCGGUCCGCCACCGCGUUCGUACGCUCUGAGAACGCGAUUAACUAGCGUUUCGCUGCACCCCUUUUGCUAGAUUCGGCCAGGUCGACACGGUUGAUUCGGCGACGGCGGCAGCGGCGGCGACGGCGGCGGCGGCGGCCGGGAACUGAUUCAUUUCGCGCUGCAGACGGAAUCGUUAGACAUUCGUGCAAGGUAAAAAAGGCGUUCGACAAGAGGACCGAUGCAACGCUGUGAGCAGUUCGCUUCGUAUGGUAGCCUCCCCUGCGUGUACCGCCGAGUUUUGGACCAUUACAGCCGGCUGCUAGCGGACCACCACACGAUUAUUUCCAAGUAUGCCGCUGCAGCAGCAGACUAAGUGCGGUUCUUAAGUGCAGACUAAAUGAGUUGUGAUUGAAUAGGGUGUUCAAUCGUUGUGUAUAUUGGGUGCUUCGCCGAUGCUAGUGGCCACUAGUAAUAAUAACAACUAUCCUCGUCGCCACCAUCGUCGGUCUCGGAGCUUUGGCAUCAGCUGUGUUGUCUGAGGUGAUUCUACACGAGAACAGUUAAUGAAAGUGAUGUUAUUUAGCUAAUAUACUCCCUGUCAGCUGUCUCGCCAUUACUACAAAUUUAGUUUAACGGGCUAUCGUCGUUGUGAGUGUGCGUUUUCUGUUCACAAUUGUUCGUUGUCACUGACGAUUACGAGACGAGUACGUGUUAUCGGUACGUGGAAUAUGGCGUGAUGCAAAGUUUGGCGUGAAGAAAGAUUUCGUUUGUCUAGACAGCUGCAACAGCAGCAGCAGCAGCAGCAGCAGCAGCAACGUGCAUCGAUAAGCAGCACGAUAAAGAUUGACUUAUUAGCAUCCUCUUAACAUUUUGGCGACACCAACAGUUAUUAUAGUGUUGCGCCACAUAUCCUAUCCUAAUACCUAUGUAUGGCUACUUUAACGAUGUACCCGUAUUUGUUUUUAUGACUGUUGUUGAACAACAACAACAGCAGCAACAGCAACAACAACUGAGAUCGCAUUGGCCACUAAGGCAUGUAUCCUCUAGUUGAACGCUCUGUUUUGUUGUUGUUUUUAUCGAAAGGCUUCGCCUCUCUGCACACGUUUCUACUCUGGAGAACUGUGGAGUCGUUAUCUUGAAAGCAGCCUGCGUGUCACUGGCAGUAUUCCUACAGAGCACUUUUCUCACUUUUCCGCGUUGUCGUCGCUAAAAGUCACAGUGUGCGCGAUGUUUACACGUGUUCUAUAACUGAGUCGUUUACCAUCUAAUCAACCGUCAGCGAUAUUAAGAACGCGUUUGAAAUGAAAUUACAGGGAACAAUUCACCCGAAAAAUCGGAGAGUUCUAGAAUCUGUCGUGGACGACGCUGUGUACAAAUUGCGGUUUCGGCAAGCUAACGCUAGCAUCGUUUCAUCUAAAAUAAAGGCUGUCUGAAUUGGAAUUUAGCAAAAUGGGCGCCUAUUUGUCUAGGCCAAUUUUUGAGCCUGAUACGGUAUGUGGCUCAGGUCAUGGGAUGGCAUUUGGAGCCUCAUCAGUUCAAGGAUGGAGAGUGACACAGGAAGACGCUCACAACUGUAUCCUGGAUUUUGAUAAAGAUUGUUCACUUUUUGCAGUCUAUGAUGGACAUGGUGGUAGCGAGGUAUCUAAAUACUGCUCACUAAACCUGCCGAACUUCAUCAAAAGCCUAAGUUCGUACCAAGCUGGAGACUGCAAAGAAGCACUGAUCGAUGCGUUCGUCAAGUUCGAUCAGACCCUCACAAAACCUGAGGUGGUCGAAGUGCUUAAACAGCUAGCACAGAAUAUGAGCGACAGUGACGCCAGCAUGGAAACGGACGAAGAUGAAAGAGUUAUUUUGGCUCGCGAAGCAGCGAUGCCUCUAGAAGAUUUAAUGCGCUCCUAUAAAGCACACGGCAAGGAAAAAGAUACUGCUAAAAAAAAUGAAACUUCAUCAGAAACGAAUAAUGGUACACCCUAUGAAGAAAAAAAAAAUCAAAACGAUUCGCAAGACCAAGCGGAGACCGAACUCAGUUCUGCAAGGAGCCAGGAAGUUCAUUUCAAGGAAGAGAACGUAAACAAUACUGCAGGAGCUUCCAACAACGAAGGAUUUUCUUCAGAAGAAACCAAUGGGGUCACAUACGAGCAUGGUGAGAGAUCGUCCUUAGAAAUCGAGAAAGACACUUCAGCGGCUGGUUCAGCAGAUGUUGGUGCCGGUGAAGGAGGAACAGGGAGCUGCUCUUCAGGAUCUGCAUUUUCAGCGGCAAGUUCCUCUGCUGGACCUCUUACUGGACGUGCGGCUCAACGGCGUGCAACGCAGCGGAUCAAGGACCGACUGAACGAGGCGGGUGAGAACGACGACGACGACGAUGAUGAUGACGACGACGAGGACGACGACGACGACGACGAUGAUGAUGAUGAUGACGAUGAUGAUAACGAUGAUGAUGAAGACGAGGAUGAAGAAAACGAGGAUCAGGACGAGCUGGGACAAGGAGACGAUGAUGACGAGGACGAGCCUGAUAGCGAGGAGAAUGACAGCGAAGACGACCUCGGAAACGACGACGACGAUAACGAAGUUGAGACGUUUGAUAGCGAUGUGCCUGGCAGCGGCUCGGGUAGCACAGCAGUGGUGGCCCUCAUUAGGGGCGACGUCCUUACCGUAGCGAACGCUGGCGACUCUCGGGCUGUCCUAUGCCGAGACGGCAAAGCUAUCGACCUCAGUGUGGACCACAAGCCUGAGGACGCACCCGAACGAGCUAGAAUCGAGCGCGCUGGCGGCAAAGUGACCCCUGACGGCCGUGUUAAUGGCGGCCUUAAUCUGUCCCGUGCGAUCGGUGAUCACGUCUAUAAACAGAAUGACGAUCUGACACUACAGGAGCAGAUGAUCUCGCCACUACCCGAUGUUCAAACCAUCUUGCUCGAUCGAGCGAAGGAUGACUUCCUUGUGUUAGCCUGUGACGGCAUUUGGAAUUGUAUGACAUCGCAGGAGGUUUGCGACUUUGUGUCAGCGUGUAUCCGAAAUUGUGACAACGUUGGUCAAAUCUGCGAGCAGCUAUUUCGUAAAUGCAUCGCGCCAGAUACAAGUGGUGACGGGACUGGCUGUGACAAUAUGACAUGCAUUAUCGUGCGGCUAAAUACUGAAGCACUGCAGGACGAUGACAAACCAGCCAUUGUACCACAAAAUGAGGAGGCGACAGAGGCUGCGCGCUGUAAUGGCGCGGGCGAAACCGGCAGCAGUAGCAAGCGGCCAGCAAACGAUUCUUCCUAUACAGAGGGCAAAACACAAGAAGAUAACGAGCAUGUUGAACAGGCCAAUAAACGGCAACGUGUCUCUUCAUGAUCUCGCCAUAAGCAUCGUAAUCUGACUACUAUGACUUUGACGACAUGCUUUAUGGCGGCAUGUGUACUGAUGUUAUGGUAGUACGCGUACAUUACGGUUUUCAAAUAUAUAUAUAUAAACAUAUAUAUAUAUAAACAUAUAUAUAUAAUCAGUAAUAGCGCUUUAUUUGAAAAAAAGAGACAAAAAUAUAGGUGAACAGGUAGACGGCUACGUAGGCCGGCGAUGCCCGACGCUGAGCUAGCUAAAGUGAAAUGCUAGUUGAAAUUGACUUGGUUGUUACAUACGAAGCAGAUCGAAAUAUCUACAACUCGAGAAGUAACGGGGAAUAAUAAAGUACUAAGCGAGCCAACAUCUAAAAAAAAAACAGUAAAAAAACUCUGAACAAGGAAACC